AUGGACGCCUCCUGGCGUCCUCUUUGGCUGGUCCGGAUAUUGGUGAUGAACGUCACGGAUCAGGUUGGGGACCAGAAUGUCACGGGCAGGAAUCCAGCUCAUCUCCACUUGACCCGAAUCCUCACAGUCAGUCAGCGUGAGUGUAUCUCCAUCCACAUCGGCCAGGCCGGAGUUCAGGUCGGCAACGCUUGCUGGGAGCUCUAUUACCUGGAGCACGGGAUCCAGCCGGAUGGACAGAUGCCGAGCGACAAGACCAUCGGGGGCGGCGCCGACUCCUUCAACACCUUCUUCAGCGAGACGGGGGCGGGCAAGCACGUCCCCCGCGCCAUGUGCCUUGAUCUGGAGCCCACGGUGAUCGGUAAGCUGAAACAGGGGACAGUCCUGACAUAA